CGUUCCAGCCGGUCCCGUUAAGGUCAAUCCCGCCGCUCGGGGGUCGGUGCCGGUGCCGGAGCUGUCCCGGUGCCCGUCCCGGUGCCCGUCCCGGUGCCGGAGCGAUCCCGACCCCUGGCAUGGUGCCGGUGCCGGAGCUCUCUCCCGACGCCUCCCGGCUCCUGGUGUCAGCCGCGCUUUCCUUCGCCGCCCUCGCCCUCCUCCUCCUCGCCUUCCUCCCGCCCGCCCCGAGCCGGGGACACCCGCCAGGCAGGAGGAUGGCACCGACCGGGCACCUGCACACCGAGAGCAUGGGCGUGGGCAAGGCCAUCGCCGUCCUCACCUCCGGGGGGGACGCCCAGGGGAUGAACGCGGCCGUGCGGGCAGUGGUGCGGGUGGGCAUCUACACCGGCGCCAAGGUCUUCUUCGUGUACGAGGGCUACCAGGGGCUGGUGGAUGGAGGGGAUCACAUCCAGGAGGCCACGUGGGAGAGCGUGUCCAUGAUGCUGCAGCUGGGCGGCACCGUCAUCGGCAGCGCGCGCUGUCAGGACUUCCGGGCGCGCGAGGGGCGGCUGAAGGCGGCGCGGAACCUGGUGAAGCUCGGCAUCACCAACCUGUGCGUCAUCGGCGGCGACGGCAGCCUCACCGGGGCUGACACCUUCCGCGCCGAGUGGAGCGGCCUCCUGAAGGACCUGCUCAAGGCGGGCGCCAUCACGGCGGAGGAGGCGCAGCGCUCGAGCGCCCUGAACAUCGUGGGCAUGGUGGGAUCCAUUGACAACGACUUCUGCGGCACCGACAUGACCAUCGGCACCGACUCGGCGCUGCACCGCAUCAUCGAGAUCGUGGACGCCAUCACCACCACGGCCCAGAGCCACCAGAGGACCUUUGUCCUGGAGGUGAUGGGGCGUCACUGUGGGUACCUGGCCCUCAUCACCGCCCUGGCCUGCGGGGCCGACUGGGUCUUCAUCCCCGAGUCCCCCCCCGAGGACGACUGGGAGGACCAUCUGUGCCGGAGGCUGACGGAGACCCGGGACGGCGGCUCCCGGCUGAACAUCAUCAUCGUGGCCGAGGGGGCCAUCGACAAGCACGGCAAGGCCAUCACGUCCGACGACAUCAAAUCCCUGGUGGUGAAGCGCCUGGGCUACGACACCCGGGUCACCAUCCUGGGCCACGUCCAGCGCGGUGGGACCCCCUCGGCCUUCGACCGCAUCCUGGGCAGCAGGAUGGGGCUGGAGGCCGUCAUGGCCCUGCUGGAGGCGACCCCCGAGACCCCCGCCUGCGUGGUGAGCCUGUCGGGCAACCAGGCCGUGCGCCUGCCCCUCAUGGAGUGCGUGCAGGUGACCAAGGACGUGACGAAGGCCAUGAACGAGGGGCGCUUCGAGGAGGCCGUGAAGCUGCGGGGCCGGAGCUUCGAGAACAACUGGGAAGUGUACAAGCUGCUGGCCCACAUCCGCCCCCCGGCCACCAAGAGCGGGUACACCCUGGCCGUGCUGAACGUGGGGGCCCCGGCGGCGGGGAUGAACGCGGCCGUGCGCUCCACCGUCCGCAUCGGGCUCAUCCACGGCCACCGCAUGCUGGCCGUGCACGACGGCUUCGAGGGGCUCGCCCUCGGCAUGGUGGAGGAGAUCAACUGGAACCGGGUCGGGGCCUGGACGGGCCUGGGGGGAUCCAAACUGGGCACCAAGAGGACUUUGCAAGAAUACUUGGAGGAAAUCAGCGCCAACAUCAGCAAGUUCGGGAUCCACGGGCUUGUCAUCAUCGGGGGCUUCGAGGCGUUCACGGGCAGCCUGGAGCUGGUGGAGGGGCGGGCCCGGUACGAGGAGCUCUGCAUCCCCCUCUGCGUCAUCCCGGCCACCGUCUCCAACAACGUGCCCGGCUCCGACUUCAGCAUCGGCGCCGACACCGCGCUCAACACCAUCACCACCGUGAGCCCUUCCCACCCCAAACCCCCAUUCCACCCCAAACCCCCAUUCCACACUCAACACCAUCACCACUGUGAGCCCCCUUCCCACCCCAAACCCCCAUCCCACCCCAAACCCCAGUUCCACACUCAACACCAUCACCACCGUGAG